UUGAGUGGGUCCUACCAAUCGGGUGCAUGUACACGGGCUUAUGUGGAUCCAGCGCGUGGGGUUAAUGCUCCUAUUUCUUGCCGCGAGCGGGAGAGAGACGGACGGAGAUCUGAUUGAAGAACCGAGGAAAGAAAAAGGAGCGAGAGAGAGAGAGAGGGAGAAGAUGAUGAGCGGGAAGUACACGACGAUCGACAGCCAGAAGGUCUCGGGAUCUGUGCCUGCUGUUCCGGAUUCCGGCCACUUUACCGUCAAAUUAUCCGAAUCAAAUCUCCAACCUUACCCUCCGUCAGAUGCACGGGGAAAGAUAUCUAGUGGCUCACAGCCUCCCCGGGAUGCCGAUGUUACAUUUUCAAAAUCAAGACUUGGCUCUGAUGAACCCCCGCAAGGUGGUUGGUUUCAGAUGUUUUCAAUUGCCUCAUACAAGCCGUACUUUGAUGUUGAUACUUCAGAUGUCGUAGAGAGAAUCAAAGAUUCACUCUUUCCAUUGAGAGGAACCUUCAAUGAGAAAACAGCAAGCAACCCAGAUUUGUAUGGACCAUUCUGGAUUUGCACCACGCUUAUAUUUGUUGCAGCUUCAAUUGGUACUUUUGUGACAUAUAUAGCUCACAAGCUAAAGAAUAAAGAGUGGAACUAUGACAUAAAUCUGGUGACCUGGUCUGCUGGCUUGUUCUACGGAUACAUCAUUAUUGUCCCUCUCGGGUUAUAUGUAAUCCUCAAGUACUUCUCGGUGCCUUCUGGACUGGCCCAGCUACUGUGUCUUUAUGGCUACUCACUCUUCGUCUUCAUUCCUGCACUGUGUCUCUCUGUUGUGCCUCUGGAAAUAUUCAGAUGGGUAGUAGCCGGUGUAGCUGGGUUUAUGUCUGCGACCUUCGUGGCCCUCAAUCUCCGAGCCCACAUUAAGUCGGCCGGAGAAAGGUGGUUCUUCAUUGUGGCCGCGAUUUUUCUGUUACAGCUGGCUCUUGGAGUGGCACUGAAGCUCUCCUUGUUCACCGUCGCGGUAUAGAAUCCAUCAAUCACAGGCAGAGCCAUGGCCAAGCUGUACAUUGAGGAAGAGAUUUUCUGCCUUUCCGGUUUAAGAUUUAUAUCUCACAUUCUUUUUUCCACCAAAAGUAUUCUCUCUCAUGUAUCCAAUUCUUUUUGGGAUGAAAUGCAUUCAACAGUCCAUUCGACAUAUGAUUUUGGAGUGUAUAACUGGAUUCUUUUAAGUUUGAAUACGAGUUGCAACAUUGGUUCUUGGUUC